GAGAAAGAGAGAGAGAAAGGGAGAGAGAGAGCCUUUAGAGUAGGACAAUUCACACAGAGUAGAGAGGAGCAGCAGUUGGAGAAAGAGAGGCUAGAGCAGAGACAGGUGGAGAGAGGAGAGAACAGAUAAGAAGAGGAUCGAUGAGGAGAGGAGAGACUCAAUGAGAAGAGGGUAAAGGAGGAGGGAAGAGGCCAGAUGAGAAGAGGGUAGAGGAGGAGAGGAGAGACCAGAUGAGAAGAGGGUAGAGGAGGAGAGGAGAGACCAGAUGAGAAGAGGAUAGAGGAGGGAAGGAGAGAGAAGUGACCGGAAGAGUUCAGAGGAGCGGAGAACCGAGAGGAGGUGAGAGGAUAGAAGACAGGUGGAGAGAAAGGAGGAGAGGAGAGACCAGAAGAGAGGAGAGGAGAGAGCAGAAACCAGAAUAGUGGAGAGGAGAGGGGAGAGAACAGAGGAGAGGAGAGGAGAAAAGGAGGAGACAGAGGAGAGAAGGAUAACCCCUGUCUUCACGAUGGGCUGUUGUCUAUUUGUUCACCACCGGAAGAAAAGGAAGCAGCAGAGGGAGGUGGAUUCGUUGAGUCUCUGCAGUCUGGACAUCAAUGAGCCCAGUACUAAGAGGACUAGGUCUAUCUCUAAAGUCUCCUCCCUCAUCAACCUCCUGCCUCCUGUUAAAACUGCUCCCCUGAAACGGAUUGGUCAGACCCUGCAGCGCUCCAUCAGUUUUCGUAAUGACCGGCGUACAGAGGCCCCGCCCCCCUCUCAACCCUGGCCCCGCCCCUCUGUGACUCAGACACGGCCCUUGGCCACGGGGGCGGCGGCCUCCAGCAGUAAGAGGCGAGACAGCAAACUGUGGAGCGAGACGUUUGAUACAGGACACGGGACCCCCCAGAUGCUGAGCCCCCAGGACAUACGCAGACAGGAGGCUAUCUUUGAGCUGGCGCAGGGCGAGCAAGACCUCGUAGAAGAUCUGCAUCUGGCACGAAAGGCCUACCAUGAUCCCAUGCUGAAGCUGUCCAUCAUGACCGAACAAGAGCUGAACCAAAUCUUUGGCACCUUAAACUCACUCAUACCACUGCACGAAGAUCUGCUGUGUCAACUCCGAGACGCCAGAAACCCUGACGGAUCUACAGAGUUGGUGGGAUCCAUCCUCACACACUGGCUGCCCUGUCUGAGGCAGUACACAGGCUACUGCAGUAAACAGCUGGCCGCUAAGUCUCUGCUCGACCGGCGGAAGCAGGACCCUCGCGUGGAGGACUUCCUGCUACGGUGCCUCCAGUCGCCGUUCAGCAGGAAGUUGGACCUCUGGAACUUCCUGGACAUCCCUCGCAGCCGAUUGGUCAAAUACCCGCUGCUGCUACGGGAGAUUCAGAAGCACACGGCCAAUGAGCAUCCAGAUAAACCGUACCUGGACCAGGCGGUCAGCAUGGUCCAGGGUCUCCUGUCAGACAUCAACCAGAGGACAGGGGAGGCGGAGUGUCAGUACUUUAAGGAGCGCUUGGUUUACGGGCAGAAAAGCUGGAGGGACGGGAUGGUAGAAUGCUCCACAACACUCUCUUGCCAUGGAGAACUGAAGAACACCAGGGGGGUGAAACUGCAUGUAUUUCUGUUCCAGGAUGCCCUAGUUAUUACCAGGUCCUCCUCACUCAACGACCAGCCAAUCAGCUAUCAGCUCUGCCACCAGCCAAUCCCCAUCCAGCAGCUGGUGCUGGAGGACCUACAGGACGGAGAGAUGAGAGUGGGCGGGUCCAUACGAGGAGCUUUCAGCAACAAUGAACGCAGUAAGAACUUCUUACGUCUUUCGUCCCCUAGAGGACAGCAAAGUCACUGUCUCCAGGCCAGCGAUGCCUUCAACAAGCAGCAGUGGAUCAACUGCAUCCGCCUGGCCAAGGAGGCAGCCGUCUUAGAUGGGGAGCCUCUGGAGGCGGGGCCAUCAGCCAAGGCAGGGGCGGAGCCUAUUGAAGAUAUUAAAGCAGCGGCGGAGCUGGAAGGAGUGGAUUAUGGUUCCAGAGAGGAGAAGCAGGAAGAGGAAGAGGAAGAGGAAGAGGAAGAGGAAGAGGAGGAGAGUUGUGAAGAGAGGGAGAGGCGUGUGGGGGCAGGGAUCUCCUCCUCCUCCCACAGUGAAGAGGAGGUGAUGGAAGAGGACCACGCCCCUCUCCAAGAGGAGGCGGGGCAAGCAUCCGACUACCCUGAAAAACAUGCCCCACAGCUAAUCGGAAGAGGACUUUCUUGCGAUGACAUUGCAGGAGUCUUCAGUCUACGACGGAAGAUGUGUAGGGCUUCCGCUGUGUGGAGUUCGUCCAUUGUGGAGCCAGAAGAGCAACAAUCCAGAUGUUGUUUUGCGGCAGCUGCCAGUGGGGUUGAGGGUAGGCUAUUGUCAAGUAAGGUUGAUUCAUUGGUGUCCUUAAAGGGCAACUUCACCCAUUUCACAUAAGCUUUGUAUUUUUAGAACCCCCCGCAUAUUUUUGAAUGGUCUAGCAUCAUUCCCUUAUUUUCUGGAGACUGGAGAGAUCCGUAUCGAUUUCCAACACUUCCUGUUUUUUAUGACGCAAUAUGACGAUUUUUGCGUACAAGAAAACAGGAAGUGUAAGAGGAGAUGAUUCUCGUAAGACUACAACCACUAGUCCCACCCCCCUCUAGGGGGUGGGACCCACUGACGCUACAGACCUAUUAGAGCAGUGCCAGUGGGUGGGACUUCACCAGCAGAAACUAACAUCCACAGCGUCUGAAGCUAAGAUAACAGAGGCUGUUGCUAAAACUGAAGUACAUUGGCGGAGGGUACUGGAUCUGACAUAGAAGAUGGCUCCAUGCAAAAGUUCACCAUUUCGAAAGAAACACAAACGAGGACUACCGUAUUUUCCGUACUAUAAAGCACACCGGAUUAUAAGGCGCACCUUUAAUGAAUGGCCUAUUUUAGAACUGUUUUCAUAUAUAGGGCGCACCGGAUUAUUAGGCGCAUAGAAUAGAAGAUACUGCAGUCAAACGUUUGACUGGGGUUGCGUUAUGCAUCGACAAGACCGAGCUGUGCUAAAGAGAAUGUCAACAAAACAGUCAGAUAAAGUCAAACUGUAUUAAGCGUUCUGACAACUCCGGUCACUCCCAUGGUAACGAUGUUCAAACGUUAAUGUGCAUAUUAACAAUAUCUGAUCAAUAUCUCUUAACAGUAAGCUCACCUUUUUCAGUUCAUUCCCCGUCUACGAAUCCCUCGAAUUCUUGUGUGUGCGAAUUGAACAGUUGGGCGAGUACGGCAUCCAACAUGCCCGGAUUCCUCUCGUCAUUAUCCGAGUCAGUGUCGCUGCUGUUGCCUGGCAGUUCAGUGAUUAUUCCUGCCUUCGUGAAAGCUUGGACCACAGUGGAGACUGUUAUAUCAGCCCAGGCAUCCACGAUCCAUUGGCAGAUAUCUCCCCGUCUUGGUGACGUGUGUUCGCCUUCUUGGCCCCGUCCACACGAAGCCGAUUUUUUGGGUGAAGCCGCAUAAAAAAACGCUUUUGGUGGACACGGCCUACGGCCACACCAAACGCGUGUAACGUGCCUAACUUGUCGCUUGAUCAUUGUGUGUCACAAAAAUGGUUCAACGCGCCUGUGGCUGCGCUGGAUUUAGGAGUCAGAGGUAGGAAACCCAAACGCCGCCAUGUUUGGGUGCAUGAUAGAGUUUAGAUCGGGUUAGAUUAAAUAAUCUCGGAUAUAAAUAACAAUAAUAUAGUCCGCCAAGACGUUGAGGUUGCUUAGCGACCAGAGACGCUGUCCAUGCAAGUGAAUGGAGCGUUCCCUCUUCGUCAUAACUAUCAAACCAAACAUCCUUCAAAUUCAACGAGCGAACAUUAUGAAAUUAAAAUGCACAUUUCUCGCUAAAAAUGUUUACAUAAACGCAUUUAAUGGCGUAAAUAUGUUACUAUUUCCACCCAGAAUAAGGAAAGAUGUCGGCCGUAUGCUUCUGUGCAAGCGUCACUACUCUAGUGACGUCGGUUCAAGCUCCACGCUGAUUUGUUCCAUUAGUAGAUGGAACAAGGAGGUGUCCGAUAGGCGGAGAUGAUCAGCGGGAGUGGCCGCCAGCGAAGCUGUGCAUGGUGGGAGUUGUUGUCUUCAAUCCACAAGCGCCAAAAAGUCACUUUCUGCCUUUUCUCGGUCAAGACGGCACCAAAUUAGAAUUUUAUUUUAUUAUUCGACUACAUAUAGGACCCAAUUUCAAUACAUAUUCAUGUCUGCACCGGUGAAAUGCUCCUUUAAGACAGUGUUAAGUGAGUUCAUUCAUUAAUGAAUGAUGAGACAAAGAAGAUGUUGAUUCAUCUGUGUAUUUAAGACAUAAGUACCAAGGGUUUUUUACAUGUAAUAAAUAAGCACUUACUGCAUAUUUUUGCUUCAAUCUGUUAAAAAUAUAGCACUUAUUACUUUCAAGUUUUUAGCAAAUGCACAGACCAAUGUAUGAAAUGGUAUGCUUAACCAAUGGAGGGUGUUAAGCAUACUAAAAUAAAAUUGACUUCUUCAUAUCCGAGUAUUUUCAGGGAUCGAGUCAAAUCUAAAUUAGACUAAAGUUGACUUUUUCGUAUCCCAGUAUAACAGGUAUCGAGUCAAAUCUAAACUAAACUAAGAUUGACUUCUUCGUGUCAGAGUAUAACAGGGAUCAAUUCAAAUCUAAACUAAACCAAGAUUGACUUCUUCGUAUCCGAGUAUAACAGGGAUCGAGUUAAAUCUAAACUAAACUAAGGUUGACUUCUUCGUAUCCGAGUAGGCCUAUAACAGGGAUUUAGUCAAAACUAAGAGGCUAUGGCAGAGUUCCUAAGAUGAAAUGCUAUUGCUAAGUUCCCCGGACACUUUUCGGUGUACAGUUCCAAGAGCAGAAAGGCAGAAAGGGGAUCACACGGCCCUACCCUAAGAAGAUGGCCAGCUAACUAACCCAACCCCUCUCUGUCUCUACCACCCUCUGAAUCACUCUCUUCUUACGCAGAGUCCCGCUUUUGUCUACGCCCUAAAGAGGCGGGGGCCCGAUGUCAUCUAGCAGUCUGAGUUUCCAUACAUCCUUCACCAAAUGUUUCUUUGUUAUACAUCUCUGGGUACUUUUGUACUUUUUCGCCCGCAGGGCGGCACAUGAUUCUUGAGCUGAUGCAACAGCCAUCACAGGUUUACAAUGUGUUUGUGUUCUCCUAAGGAGCACAUUUGAGUGUCGUGUCACAUGGUGCUAUAGUCAACGCAUGGUAGUCAUAUCAGGGGACCUACAGAAACACACAUUCUUUGUAUUCCAGUGGCCUUCUCAUGCAGUCCAUGUCUCCUCCGUCUAUGUGCUUUGACACAGACACAUUUUGAGUGCUUCGAAAUUUCUACAUAAUAAGAUAUAUAAGGUAAAAUACCCAAGAUUUAUAUAAGAUAUAUAAGGCACAUACAUUUCUACAUAAUAAGAUAUAGAAGGUAUAUGUAUAUAUGAUACCCAAGAUUUAUAUAAGAUAUAUAUAUACAUGUAAGGUAACCUUUGUUGACAGCAUUGGUUUUGUGUCCUUUCAUGAUUGAUUCUGGAGCGGCUAGGUGCAGGCAGCAAUACAAUGCGUCCUUUCAGGACACACGUCAAUGGAAUGGUAUAUUUAGCAACGCAUUCAGCGCAUUUUUAAGACAUAAACACUUUUUGAAUAUGUUGUACUACGCAAUGUACCCUAACAGAAUAAACCUAUGGAAACAUGUGUAAAACAUGGUAGCACAUGUAUGGAGUGAUAUGUGAAUGUUUGGUCCACCGUAGUGCCAUACCUGUGAUGUCAUAUUCAAGUGUCAGGAAAUAAACCGGCAGUUCUUUGCGUGCAACCUACAAGGUAGUCACGUUUACUGCCUCCACACAUGACAUUGUACA